AUGAGCGACAGAUUCCCGUCCGAGAUCAAGGAUGCUUCCCCGCUGGGCCAGCCCUUGAAGUUCGAGUUCAGCGGCAAGACGGCCCCGAACCGCUUCCUCAAGGCCGCUAUGACGGAACGUCUAUCGUCGUGGGAUCCCGUCAACAAGGAGAAACGCGGUGUGCCGUCCAAGGAGCUCAUCCGGGUCUACCAGCGAUGGGGAGAAGGUGGUCUCGGGUUGAUUCUGACGGGGAAUAUCAUGGUCGACUACACGAGUUUGGAAGCCCCUGGGAACCCAAUCAUUCCCCCGGGAUCCCCAUUCGAGGGAACCCGGUUCGAAGCAUUCAAGGAGCUUGCGAGCCAGGCCAAAGCUCACGGAAGUCUUGUCGUUGGCCAGGUCAGCCACCCCGGUCGCCAAGUUGAAGCCAGACUCGAGCCUCAUCCCAUCUCUGCCAGUGAUAUUCAACUAGAAGGGGAUAUCAUGGGGAUGAGAUUCGCCAAACCUCAUGCAGCCUCGCUUGACGACAUCAAGGACAUCAUCAACCGUUUUACCCAUGCUGCCGAGUAUCUGGCCAAGGCUGGCUACGACGGCAUCGAGCUUCAUGGUGCCCAUGGCUACCUCUUGGCCCAAUUUCUCAGUCAGACAACCAAUAAGAGGACCGACCAAUAUGGCGGCUCUUUGCACAACCGUGCUCGGCUCACUCUCGAGAUCGCUCAGUCCAUUCGCCAGAAGCUGCCGGCAUCCUCGGGCUUCGUGCUUGGAAUCAAGAUCAAUUCCACCGAAUUCCAGGAGGGCGGAUUCACAGGUGAUGAAGCCAAAGAACUCUGCGUCCUGCUAGAGCAGAAUGAGUUCGAUUUUGUCGAGCUUUCGGGCGGGACGUAUCAAUCCCUCGCAUUUCACCACAAGAGAGAAUCGACCAGGAAGAGGGAGGCGUUUUUCAUCGAGUUCGCAGAAAUGAUCACUCCAGCGUUGACGAAAACAAAGACGUAUGUCACCGGCGGCUUCAAGACCCUGGAUGGUAUGGUCAGCGCCUUGAAGAGUGUCGAUGGCGUUGGGCUUGCUCGGCCCGUUUGCCAGGAGUUCCAUCUGGCAAAGGACUUGUUGGACGGCAAGGUCUCAGCUGCCAUCAAUCAAAAGGUCGAUCAAGACAACUUUGGUCUCACCAACGUCAUUGCCGGCUCCCAGAUAAGGCAAGUUGGCAGAGACCAGGAGCCGAUCGAUAUGUCGGUUCCAGAGAACGUCGAAGCCUUCAUGAAAGACAUGGGUGCCUGGGCUGAGAAGAUGGGGAAGGGCGAUGCCGCCAACUAUGGAUACGUCGACAUCGAGUCUGCCCAAGCAAAGCCGUACGGCACAGUAUAG